AUGAGGGCAGAGCAGGGAGGCCCUGCAGGAGCGGCUAAGGAUGCAACAGAAGACUCAAUGGCGGACGAUGACAAAAGGAGGAACUAUGGAGGGGUGUACGUGGGCCUUCCCCCGGAAGCGGUCAGUAUAGUGUCCAGUCAGACAAAGACUGUGCGGAAAAAUUAGAAGACAGUGAUACCGUGAUUCAGUAAUCAAGAGCCUACAAAUCAAGAUACUGAAGGAAUGUGGCUUGACGGGACCUUGUAUCAUGCACAGACGUUUCCAAGUAAAUUCUAAACCAUAGCACCUCUGCCUCCGGUCCAAUAGUCUUAGUGUAGAGUUAAAGCCAUGGGUACCUGCUGAAUUGUGUGGUAACAGGGGGACUGGAUAGAUCGUACCCGCAUGUAUGGAACGUUUGGCGGAUGAACCCUGAAGGACAAGUUGAUGAACUGGCAUGGGAACUGCAAUUGCCCAGUCUGGUCGGCUCUGCGUCUGCAGCCUCUUCACCCUAGUUGUUCAACACACUUCAUGAAGGUCAUAUCUUUUCACUGAUACUUUUUGAUAAUUUUUAUAUAACUAAAUCUGUACUCUAUUUAUAAUGUAGACUAACAAGUCUUAUAAAUGAACUAUUUAAAGUAAUGCUUUGGUCUAGUAUCUUUUGCUGUUCUCAUUUCAUUGUAAUUUUGAGCUGGAAAAUUGUUCGGUUGGUUCUUUAUCUCCUCCCCCACCCCCUUUUUUUAACCAUAGUUUUCAGUUUUAUUGCAAAGACAGAGGGUUUUCUUUUAUUAGUAACGUAUGCCAUUGCAAUGUUGAAAAAUAAAGGACUUAAUUCUGCACACCAUAUUCAUAUUUUGGUUAAAUUUCUAUUUUCUUUAUUCCAGGGCUUAUAUAGUUACAGAUACUUUAUAGCUUUUGAGUGUCCCUCUUCCCCUUUAUGUAAUCAUGGUAUCUCAUCCUGUUAAUUCUUUACUGUUUUGGGGGACUUUUGAUGGGUGGCUAGUGGGCUAAUUGGAAAGUUCUUGAUUCGCUAAUCAUUAUUGUGUCUUUCCUUGGUACUACAGCAUAAAUCACUCAGUUUACCAAUGUAUUUCAACAAUUAAAACAUUUUUAUCCCUCUUUA